CUCUUGGUUGUUAUGCCAGCACAGUUUCCCUUCCACAGUCUAGGACUACUCUAAAUCUGGCUGGUUGCUUCGUCUUAAGGCACUCAAUCCACCCGAGGGAUAUCCGCCGGUGAGCCUACCCUAACGAACGGUGCAUCAACAAUUGUGAAUAUGACGAAGAAUGCCAAAGUCGCUCCUGAGGAGCCGCCUCCUUAUAACAAUCCGGGAGUCCCGAUGGCUCAGUCCGUCCCGAUGUCUCAUGCCGUCCCGAUGUCUCAGUACGGCCCGAUGUCUCAGUCCAUGCCGAUGUCCCAGCCCAUGAUGAUGGCCCAGCCCAUGAUGAUGGCCCCGGCCCCGGCCCCACCACCACAGCAGGUGGUCGUUAACGUAGCGCAGAACACCAGUACCCAGGUUACAACUACCACUCACAACGAUCGAGGUCUCCUCUGCGGGAUGUGUUGCUGUCUCUUUAGCUGUCUGUGGGCAAUCAUCUGCUGCUUCUGCGAUGACUAACGCUCCACUCACGACGAUUGAGA